AGAAACAGCAGUUACAGCAGCAAGAAGAAGAAGGGGGUGGACACUGAUCAGGCGAAGCAAGCAGGCAAUCACGAGCAAGAGGACAUGGGACAAGAAGCGAUGGAGCAACGAUCACGUGGACCAGGGAGGAAGGGCAAGAAGCGAGGAGGUGGUGGUGGAGGUGGAGGAGGAGGAGGUGGUGGUGGUGGUGGUCGGCCGCCCACGGAGGGGAUCAGCGCCGGGUUCAAGGAGUGGAUCUCACGCGAGUUCACCACGUUUGCGGAGUCCGAUCGCGAAGAGCUGCAGUUCCCAUCCUCGCUGUCGUCCUUCGAGCGCAAGUACAUUCACCACUAUGCCCCCAAACAUGGCUUCAUCACCAAGAGCUACGGCAAAGGAGACAGCAGACACAUCAUGAUCCGCAAGCCGAAGAACGCGGCCGCAGAGCACGAGUACAUGCUCACGCUGGACCCAAAGGUGGCCUCCUAUGCCACGGUCAACGCGCCGCCUUUAUCUGAGGACGAUGACGACCUCGUGCGAAAGGGGAUGCCUCUCGCCUCAAACAAGAAGACGUGGACCAAGGGCAGUCGCGCGGGCCCAAAGUGCAUUGUGCCGCCAGAGCCCAAGACGCCCAAGCAAUUCAGGGAGUUCCAGCAGCGACUGCCUGCUGCUGCCCACGAGCAAGAACUGUUGGAGCUGCUGCAACAUGAACAGGUUGUGCUUGUGAGUGGCGAGACGGGCUGUGGAAAGACAACGCAAGUGCCGCAGUUUGUCAUGCGUGAUGCCGCAGCAAGAGACAUGCCGUGCACCAUCCUGUGCAGCCAGCCGCGCCGCAUAUCUGCCAUGUCUGUUGCAAAGCGCGUGGCCCAGGAGUGGGGCUGCAGACUCGGGAGCACUGUCGGAUACCACGUCAGGCUCGAGAGCAAGGCUGGCGCUGAGACGAACCUUGCCUUCUGCACGACGGGGUGGCUGCUGCAACGCGUCAUCACCGACAUCACGCUCAAGAACAUCACGCACGUCGUCCUGGACGAAAUCCACGAGCGAGACAGAUUCAGUGACUUCCUGCUCGUGUGUAUGCGCAAAUGUCUCGAGCUCCGCCCGGACAUUCGUCUCGUCCUCAUGAGUGCUACCCUCCACUCAGACCUCUUCACAGACUACUUUGGCGGGUGCCCGCGCGUGCACAUGCAGGGGAUUGCGUACCCUGUCGAGGACGUGUUUCUCGGCGGUGUCCUCAGUCGCCUCGGCCGAACCAUGGGCGUGACGCAAGGCGACAUUGAGAACCAGGCAUCGUGCCCUGAUGUCAUUCCAGAACUUGACGAGUUGAUUGAGCACGGGUGGCACACGGAGGGCGAGGAGUACGCGGACAACGUCAAACGCAUCAUGCACCAUCUCGUCAUCACCGACGUUGACGCAGUCAACUACCGCCAUUCACGGACGGGCGUGUCGGUGCUGAUGUUGGCAGCGGCCAAAGGCGAUGCGGAGACCGUCGACAUGCUGCAGCGCCUUGGUGCCCGCCACGACACCGCUUGCACGACAAACGGAUGGACGGCUGCACAGUUUGCCCGAAACUUUGCAUUUGAGGACCUUGCUGUGAAACUCGAUGACACUUCCGGUGACGCCCUCUCGCUGGAUCCUGAGGCACGAUUUGAGCAGGCGCUCGUGAGCGCAUAUGAGAAGCGUCGCGGACUCGGAAAAGUGGAGGAGCUGGACUAUGAGCUGAUGGCGGACUUGAUUGAGACGAUUGUCAAGGACGAACCAAAGGGACCCGGGGCCAUCCUCGUCUUCCUCCCAGGCCAUGCCGAGAUCACGGCAAUGCGUGCUGCGUGCUGGGAUUUGGAGCACCGAAUCGGCAAAAAGUUUAUGAUUGUUCGUCUCCACUCGUCGUGCACUCUCCGCGAACAGCAGUCCGCAUUCCAGCGCCCGCCCAAGGGCAAGGUGAAAAUUGUGCUGUCGACCAACAUUGCGGAGACGAGCGUGACAAUUGAUGAUGUCGUGUACGUCAUUGACUCCGGUCGCAUGAAGGAAAAGUCGUUUGACACGGUGACGGGCGUGAACACGCUGAUGACGGUGUGGGCGUCAAAGGCGAACUCCACACAGCGCCGCGGCCGUGCCGGGCGGUGUCAGCCUGGCGUGUGCUACCACAUGUUCAGUCGCGAAACAUUCUCGUAUCUGGACGAUUUCCAGCGGCCUGAGAUGCUUCGUGUCUCAUUGGAGGACCUGUGUCUCAAUGCCCGCACCCUCACAACGUCCACCAUCGAGUCCUUCCUCAACGAAGCACCGGAGCCGCCGUCCAGUCGCGCAAUCGGCCACGCCGUGCAGUACUUGAAGCACAUUCAAGCUCUGGACAAGAGCGAGCGGCUGACUGUCUUUGGGCAGCGGCUGUGCCAGCUCUCCCUCGAGCCACCACUUGCCCGCAUGGUGCUGCUCGCUGUGCACAUGGGCUGUCUGGACCCCAUCCUCACACUCUGCUGCAUCCGCUCGCAUCGCAGUCCCCUCCGUCUCCCCAUCGACCCGGCCCAGCGGAGCGAGGCAAAGAAGGCGCACAAGCAGCUGGCGCAGGGCCAGCACAGCGAUCACUUUGCCCUCAUAUCCGCUGUUGCCCGAUACCACCAAGCAAGGAUGAAGGGGUCGGCACGGCAGUUUUGUGAGCGGUUUUAUCUACAUGAGAGCACGCUGGAGACCAUCGAAGGCAUGAAGCAGCAAAUUACCAACCAGCUGCGGCGCAUGAUUCUCCACACGCGUGAUGACAUGGAGACGGCUGACGCCAACGCCAACUCGUGGCCAGUGGUGCUGGCGUGUCUCGUUGCCGGCGCGUAUCCAAACCUCGCCCGCCGCAACCCGGGCCAGCAGACGUACGCCACGAGGUUUCAGCGAAAGGCGAAAGUGCGCAGCGAAUCGUCUGUGUCGUCAGCAAAGCCUGCACGCAACCAGGGCUGGCUCAUCUUCGACGAAAUCACCAGGCUUGGCGGCGCAACCCUCCUUGACACUUGCACGCUUGUUCCCGCUGAGUUUGUGUACAUGUUCAACAGCCAACCUGGCCACGACCUUGACCCAACACCAGUCAACUCAGAGGAGGACGAUGAUGACGAUGAUGAUGAUGAUGGUGGUAGUUUGGGCGCAAAGGCAACCGCUGCUGGUGCUGAGGAGAAUGAGACGCCGUGCAACGUGCAUGUGGACGAUUGGGCCACCAUCCUCACCACCAUGGAGACUGUUGGGCUUCUCGCCGAUGUACGCAACACGUGGCUGGCCUUCACCAUCCAUGCGGGGGCUGCAUCGGACUUCAGCGCCACUGCCCCACUGCUGCGCGUGCUCGAGCGGUUUGUUCACGUGGUGAGCGAGGUGUGCGCGCUUCCAUCGCUGGUUGUGAACGUGUUUGAAGCGCCCCCACUCCCCGUGCAAGCGACGAGGCGUGGUCGCCACCUCCGCGAUGGUCAAAGCAAGCAACCCACCUCGCAUGCACAGCAACAGCAUCACCACCACCACCAGCAUCAUCAUCAGCACCACCACCACCAGUACCAGCCUCAUCAGCACCAUCAGAAGCAGCAGCACGGCCAUCAUCACGGUCGUGGCCACGACCGCCACGACCGCCAUCAGCACCGCCACCAACAGGACCAGGCGCCGCACACGUCUGAGCGCGGGCGCGGCGGACGUGAGCGUGAACGUCGGCGUGGACGAGGUGGCAUGCACCGGCAGGGUUCGCUGGACCAGGACGAGGCAGGCAAGCAGCUCUAUGUUCCCCACCAGAACAAGCAGCAGCACGGCAAAAAGGGUGGCGCUGGUGAAGACAAUAGCACACUGUCGGGGAAACAGCUCAUGCUCAAACUCCAACAGCGCCCAGAACAACAACAACACCAUCAACGGCAACGUCACCAGCAGCAGGACGAUGCAGGGGCGAACCUGUUGUUUGCGCUGCAAGCUCACCAGCCCGUGUCGUCGCCGCCUCAACCCGCCACAGCCAAGGCGCCAAACGCCACUCGAAGCCGGGGUAGUGGCCGUGGCGGUCGUGGUGGUCGUGGCGGUCGUGGUGGUCGUGGUGGUGCUCGCAUGCGGGGUGAAAAGCAGCAUGGUCAGCAGCGGCAUCGGCAACAGCAGCAGCCAGCGCCGUUUCAGCCUUACUUUCCGACUUGGCCAGCGCACCACGCUGAUCCGGCCAUGAUGCCACCCGCGCAUCAUCAACAACAGUGGCAGCAACCAGGGCAGCAGCAGGGUGCUGAUGACGCCGCUGCCAUGGCUGCUUACUACUACGGACAGCAGCCAGGACAGCAAGCUGGCAUGUACGGCCAACACCCAGACUACCAAGGCUACUACUACCCACCACAGUGACACUCUGUGUGGGUGUGUACGAAUGUUGUUGUCUGUGCCUGUGUCGGUGUGGGUGCGAUUGUGCGUGUGAUGAGGAAGCGCGUGUGUAUGUGUUCGUUCGCUCGACAUGUCAUCUUUGAGUUGAAUCACGGCCCGCACGAUGUCUGAAUGUCGUGUGCUGUGACAUGUCAUGCACUUGCUGCCCUCAGCUCGCCCUGCUCUUCUUUGGGCGCCUCAAGCUCUCUUCGUUGUCAUGGUGCAAGUAAUUUGUGGGUUUGUUGGCUGUUUACUACUGGGUGUGCUUCGGCUAAGGCGAGCACGUCAAGUCGGGCGGCUCAGGACACGCACAUACAGACGGGCACAGACACAAGACCCCACUGCGUCACAUCACAUCACAUCAUGUCACAUCACAUCAAACAAGCAAACAGAGAUAUAGAG